AUGUUAAAUUUGGAUGCCAAAAUAUCCGAAACCAUUGCUAAAAGUCCCAUCAGAAAUGGUAUUUACAACAUGAAUGCUGUGUAUCAAAAUCCUAAUUCCAAUUUGGGAAAUAUAAGCAAAUAUUACAAUAAUAACUUCAACAAAGAGCCUAUCAAGAGCAGCAGUAACAAUAGCAAUAACAAGGAGGAGAACACAAAUGCGAGCAGUACAGUUGACAAAAGGUUUAAGACUUUGCCUGCAGCAGAGACACUUCCUAGGGAUGAGGUUCUUGGUGGGUAUAUCUUUGUUUGCAACAAUGAUACAAUGCAGGAAGAUUUAAAGCGACAACUAUUUGGUUUACCACCAAGAUAUAGAGACUCAGUGAGGGCUAUAACACCAGGCUUGCCUCUGUUCCUCUAUAAUUACACCAAUCACCAGUUGCACGGUAUUUUUGAGGCUGCAAGUUUUGGAGGUUCCAACAUUGAUCCCACUGCUUGGGAAGAUAAAAAAUGUAAAGGCGAGUCAAGGUUCCCUGCUCAGGUAAAGAUUUGUGUAAGGAAACUCUGCAAACCUUUGGAGGAAGAUGCUUUUAGGCCGGUUUUGCAUCAUUAUGAUGGUCCCAAGUUUCGUCUCGAGUUGUCUGUACCUGAGACCUUGGACUUGCUAGAUCUUUGUGAACAAACCGGAGUGUGGAGUCCUGCCUCUGAUACUCAAAGGGAAAUGUAG